AUGCUCGUAUGGCGUAGAUGCCUGAGCACCUCCACCACUGCUUCGGCGAUUGCAGGUCAAAAAGCCCCGUUGCUACUCCGAUGCGCGCAGCUGUUGGAGGCAUCCCAAACAACCCCCACCGCUGCUGCUGCUGAUCAUGAUGGAGGCUCUAGUUCCUUGGACAACCGCCAGAUUCGGGUUCAGGGAUUUAUUCGGUCUGUGAGGAAGCAGAAACGGUUCGCGUUUGCUGAGAUAUCGGAUGGGUCAACGAUUAAGUCGGUACAGGCGAUUUUGACGCCGGCGCAGGCUGCUCGACUAUCGACCGGUUCUGCUAUUGAUAUUUCUGGCGUGUGGCAACCAUGUCCUGCCGGCAAAAAGCAAAGCCAUGAGCUUCACGCGACAGAAGUUAAGAUUACUGGAGAGGCGGAUCCUGAGUCAUAUCCAAUACAAAAGAAAUACCACAGCCCAGAUUUCCUUCGACAAAUACCACAUCUCAGGCUACGGACACCUUUCAACUCCCUCCUCUCUCGAUUUAGAUCAGAAUGCAUUUUCCAACUCGGACAGGUAUUCCACUCCCGGCUCGGCAGCAAUUUCGUGCAGGUCCAGCCGCCGCUGAUCACAUCGUCUGAUUGCGAAGGUGCUGGGGAAGUGUUCACAGUGGCGCCAGGAGAUAAAGUUGGGGACGGAGAGAAGGGGGAGUUCUUUCGAUCUCCAAAAUACCUUACGGUGUCAAGCCAACUUCAUCUGGAGGCGUAUGCGGCCGAGCUGGGAAAUGUGUGGACCCUCUCUCCCACCUUCCGAGCGGAGAAGAGUGAUACUCCACGGCAUCUCAGCGAGUUCUAUAUGUUAGAGGUAGAAAUGAAUUUUGUGCAUAGCUUGGAUUCGCUCACGGAUACUGUGGAGUCAUUAAUUCGUGACCUUACGAAACGACUAUACGAGAGCCCAGUUGCGGAGGAAAUAUUUACAGCUAAGAGGACAGGGGAGUCUGGACAAGAAAAUGUUGAUCAGGGAUUGCGCCCGCGAUGGUUGGGCAUAAUAGAGAGUGGGGAAUGGCCUCGGAUUACGUAUACCAACGCUAUCGAGUUGCUUCAGAAGGCUGUUGCAUCGAAAGCAGCCACUUUUACCAUAACCCCGGCCUGGGAGGAGGGCCUCCACCUCGAGCAUGAAAAAUUCAUAGUCGAUGAAGUUGGGAAGGGGUGUCCCGUAUUUGUGACUCACUAUCCGAAGAUGGUGAAACCAUUUUACAUGGCACCUUCAAUCGUGCUAGAGGAACCUUCCCCCGCAUCGCCAGCAGAAUUAUCCAACCAUGAUCCAGCCCAAACAAUGGAGACCGUUGCAUGUUUCGAUCUUUUGAUGCCCGAGAUCUGUGAAGUGGUCGGUGGCUCCAUUCGUGAACACCGACUUCCAAAUCUUAUACAGAACAUGCGUGAGCACGGGCUUAUUAGGAAAAUGCCUGAGGCGGGGCCAGACGCAGAUUGUGCAUCUUCUUCGUCACAUUUGGCGGCGGAGCAGGGUUCGUCAAUAUACCCUUACCUCCAACCGGAUGAAUAUAUCGGCCCAAUGCAAUGGUAUGCCGAUCUUAGGAGAUGGGGCAGUGCACCUCACGGCGGGUUUGGACUUGGGUUUGACCGGUACCUGGGAUAUCUGGCUGGCGUUUCUAGUCUUAGGGACGUUGUUCCGUUCCCACGACAUUUUGGACGAGCUGAAUGUUAA